ACUAAGACAUUUGAGCACAAAUCUGCAAGUAAGAUUUUGCGUGCCAAUGAUACUUUAACUGUUUAGGCAGAACUCUACGCUGAAACAAGAAUCUCGUGGACUUUUAACUCAAGAACCUCGCUGAAAAAGAAAAAUCAAAGAUUUUAUACAAAGCAGCUAUUAGAACGUCCAACAAAAGGAAGUUGACGGCUAGCUGGUGGAAACCUUCUUUCUCCGCAUCAACAUUGUAACUGACACGCCAUACCAGUGAAAUUAAGAAAAUGUCCCAGCCAUCGAGAAUAGAUAUCACGGAGGAUGAGAACCGAGCCUGGUGCAUCGUCUAUGGCAUUGAGUCAGCUGCGAUCAUCCUUGGUAAUCUCCUCGUCAUAGCUGCUUUUGCUGCCACCAAGUCCCUUCACAAGAAAACCUACCUUCUUAUUAUUAGCUUAGCUGUAGCUGAUCUCCUGGUAGGUGCAGUAGCAGUUCCGAUGUUCAUCCGUGUGAUCGGCGGUUCAGUCACCAGAUGGUGGGAAUUGGAUAGUCACCUGCCACACACGCACACUGCUAUAGAGAUCUUCUGUUCGUACGCCUCGAUUUUCUUCCUCGUUGCCAUCGCCUUAGAAAGGCUUUACGCUGCAUUGUCACCACUUAAUCAUGGUAACACGAAAGCUUCGGUUUAUUACACUGUCAUCGCCUCAAUUUGGGCUCUAGCACUGCUCCUGGGCAUUUUAUCCUUUCUUCGUGAGAGUCACGUUGGCGCCGCCGACAAUGGGGGAGUAUUUUUUUUUAUUAUGGUUUUGCUUGCUCUUUCUAUGAUCACUCUUGUGAUCGCUUAUGGUAUAAUAGCGAUCAGUUUGCUAAGUUCGCGCAGUAAGAGCGAUGAUUUUGAGAAAAGAAUGGCAGUCACACUCCUGAUAUUGACCGUGAUUUUCAUAGUUACUUGGUUGCCAUUCAAAGUUAUCAAUUAUAUCUUUCAUUUGGAUCCUGCUGCAACCCUUUCGUGCGCAGAAAAUGAUUUUGCUUGCCUCUACCAUGCAGUAUAUGCCACCAAGCUUCUUCACUACUUUAACUCAAUCGUGAAUCCUAUCGUCUAUGCUUUGCGCGUGAAAGAUUUUAGGAAAGGGGUAAGGCGGGUUUUUUGUGGGUGCUGCGGAGAGAGCCUUCCACAGAAUCCUCCCUUGGGAACGGAAAAAGGAAUCGACAACAUGGUGUCCAUGCAGUCUAUUGAGACUGUUGUUCCCUCCAUGUUUUUGUAAAUAGUCACUUAUGGAGCUCCUUUUAGUGAUAAAAAUGGAGGUAGACAAGAAAGAGAUUCGGUGGAUGCAUCUGUAGUUGGGUAGGAAUUUGCGUAAUUACAUUUCUGGUCUUGUUUUGUAUCAGACAAUCAAUCGAGUCUGAAAUUUUAACGUCCAAGUCAGCGCGUUGCUAAGUAACGGGUGCGAAAUGAUUGUUCUUUCUUGCUGACAAUAAAUGACAUCUUCAAAAGUUAUAAGUUUUUUUCAGAAUCUUAUGACGGGUUUUGUCUUUCACGGACUCAUUUACUCGCAAUACCCUAGAAGUGAUUUUAGCCCAAAUUACUGCGUGAAAAGUAUUUUUUAUGGUAAGCAAUUCAUAUUUACUGUCACGUAUACGUAGAACCAGUAACGGAAAAUAUUUUCUUAGUUGUGUAUGUAGAAAAAUUGAGAUGUAGAAUAAUAAUAAAUGCAAGGUAUUGUUUUCUUUCUGCUGAAUAUAGAGUGGACGUAGAUUUGUUAGUAGAUCAAAACAUAUGUUUUUAAAACGAGGUUAUCAAGUGUCUUAUUGCAACCGUUGUAAAUUGCUUUUAAUCCACAAAAGAUAUUUGUAAUGUGAAAUGUAGUUGUGACUAGGUCCUUUUAAUUGUAGAUAUUUUUUAUUCAUAAAUAAAACAGUAACCCCCCGUAUCCUGGAUUCUUUUGAUGUAGCCAUACUGUGUAAGCCCGAGCGCUGGUGAACGUAUAUGUAGUCUUAAAAUGAGCCAUGUUUUUUUGUUUGAUAAUCAAAUGCAAUGGCCCCUUAAGGUAUCUUACUUUUUGUCAUGACCAUCUAAAUUUAUAUAUCGAUAAAAUAUUAUCAUGGUUUAGUGAGCGAUAAUCCAAAUCUGGUCUGAGGCCGUUGUAAAUUGCUUUUAAUCCACAAAAGAUAUUUGUAACGUGAAAUGUAGUUGUGACUAGGUCCUUUUAAUUGUAGAUAUUUUUUAUUCAUAAAUAAAACAGUAACCCCCCGUAUCCUGGAUUCUUUUGAUGUAGCCAUACUGUGUAAGCCCGAGCGCUGGUGAACGUAUAUGUAGUCUUAAAAUGAGCCAUGUUUUUUUGUUUGAUAAUCAAAUGCAAUGGCCCCUUAAGGUAUCUUACUUUUUGUCAUGACCAUCUAAAUUUAUAUAUCGAUAAAAUAUUAUCAUGGUUUAGUGAGCGAUAAUCCAAAUCUGGUCUGAGGCCGUUGUAAAUUGCUUUUAAUCCACAAAAGAUAUUUGUAACGUGAAAUGUAGUUGUGACUAGGUCCUUUUAAUUGUAGAUAUUUUUUAUUCAUAAAUAAAACAGUAACCCCCCGUAUCCUGGAUUCUUUUGAUGUAGCCAUACUGUGUAAGCCCGAGCGCUGGUGAACGUAUAUGUAGUCUUAAAAUGAGCCAUGUUUUUUUGUUUGAUAAUCAAAUGCAAUGGCCCCUUAAGGUAUCUUACUUUUUGUCAUGACCAUCUAAAUUUAUAUAUCGAUAAAAUAUUAUCAUGGUUUAGUGAGCGAUAAUCCAAAUCUGGUCUGAGGCCGUUGUAAAUUGCUUUUAAUCCACAAAAGAUAUUUGUAACGUGAAAUGUAGUUGUGACUAGGUCCUUUUAAUUGUAGAUAUUUUUUAUUCAUAAAUAAAACAGUAACCCCCCGUAUCCUGGAUUCUUUUGAUGUAGCCAUACUGUGUAAGCCCGAGCGCUGGUGAACGUAUAUGUAGUCUUAAAAUGAGCCAUGUUUUUUUGUUUGAUAAUCAAAUGCAAUGGCCCCUUAAGGUAUCUUACUUUUUGUCAUGACCAUCUAAAUUUAUAUAUCGAUAAAAUAUUAUCAUGGUUUAGUGAGCGAUAAUCCAAAUCUGGUCUGAGGCCGUUGUAAAUUGCUUUUAAUCCACAAAAGAUAUUUGUAACGUGAAAUGUAGUUGUGACUAGGUCCUUUUAAUUGUAGAUAUUUUUUAUUCAUAAAUAAAACAGUAACCCCCCGUAUCCUGGAUUCUUUUGAUGUAGCCAUACUGUGUAAGCCCGAGCGCUGGUGAACGUAUAUGUAGUCUUAAAAUGAGCCAUGUUUUUUUGUUUGAUAAUCAAAUGCAAUGGCCCCUUAAGGUAUCUUACUUUUUGUCAUGACCAUCUAAAUUUAUAUAUCGAUAAAAUAUUAUCAUGGUUUAGUGAGCGAUAAUCCAAAUCUGGUCUGAGGCCGUUGUAAAUUGCUUUUAAUCCACAAAAGAUAUUUGUAACGUGAAAUGUAGUUGUGACUAGGUCCUUUUAAUUGUAGAUAUUUUUUAUUCAUAAAUAAAACAGUAACCCCCCGUAUCCUGGAUUCUUUUGAUGUAGCCAUACUGUGUAAGCCCGAGCGCUGGUGAACGUAUAUGUAGUCUUAAAAUGAGCCAUGUUUUUUUGUUUGAUAAUCAAAUGCAAUGGCCCCUUAAGGUAUCUUACUUUUUGUCAUGACCAUCUAAAUUUAUAUAUCGAUAAAAUAUUAUCAUGGUUUAGUGAGCGAUAAUCCAAAUCUGGUCUGAGGCCGUUGUAAAUUGCUUUUAAUCCACAAAAGAUAUUUGUAACGUGAAAUGUAGUUGUGACUAGGUCCUUUUAAUUGUAGAUAUUUUUUAUUCAUAAAUAAAACAGUAACCCCCCGUAUCCUGGAUUCUUUUGAUGUAGCCAUACUGUGUAAGCCCGAGCGCUGGUGAACGUAUAUGUAGUCUUAAAAUGAGCCAUGUUUUUUUGUUUGAUAAUCAAAUGCAAUGGCCCCUUAAGGUAUCUUACUUUUUGUCAUGACCAUCUAAAUUUAUAUAUCGAUAAAAUAUUAUCAUGGUUUAGUGAGCGAUAAUCCAAAUCUGGUCUGAGGCCGUUGUAAAUUGCUUUUAAUCCACAAAAGAUAUUUGUAACGUGAAAUGUAGUUGUGACUAGGUCCUUUUAAUUGUAGAUAUUUUUUAUUCAUAAAUAAAACAGUAACCCCCCGUAUCCUGGAUUCUUUUGAUGUAGCCAUACUGUGUAAGCCCGAGCGCUGGUGAACGUAUAUGUAGUCUUAAAAUGAGCCAUGUUUUUUUGUUUGAUAAUCAAAUGCAAUGGCCCCUUAAGGUAUCUUACUUUUUGUCAUGACCAUCUAAAUUUAUAUAUCGAUAAAAUAUUAUCAUGGUUUAGUGAGCGAUAAUCCAAAUCUGGUCUGAGGCCGUUGUAAAUUGCUUUUAAUCCACAAAAGAUAUUUGUAAUGUGAAAUGUAGUUGUGACUAGGUCCUUUUAAUUGUAGAUAUUUUUUAUUCAUAAAUAAAACAGUAACCCCCCGUA